AUGCCACCGCCGGGUUCUUCAGUGGGUUUCUCAAAUCUACUCAAUCCGCACGAAACUUCCGACUCGACCGCUUCGACCCCAGGAGAUUCAAUGGCUUCUUCCGUUAGCUUGUUACCGCCCCUCAUGAAGGGAACGCGCCCCGCGACUGAGGAGGUCCGCCAGGAUCUGCCCCGGCCCUACAAGUGUCCUCUCUGCGACCGUGCCUUCCACCGCCUGGAGCACCAGACGAGACACAUCCGGACGCACACUGGCGAAAAGCCUCACGCCUGCCAGUUCCCCGGUUGCACCAAGCGUUUCAGUCGUUCAGACGAAUUGACUCGCCACUCGCGCAUUCACAACAACCCCAACUCGCGCCGCAGUAACAAGGCUCAGCAUCUGGCAGCCGCAGCCGCAGCUGCCGCCGGUCAGGACGCCGGCAUGGUUAAUGCUGCCAACAUGAUGCCCCCUCCCAGCAAGCCUAUUACUCGCUCUGCCCCUGUUUCCCAGGUUGGAUCCCCGGAUGUUUCACCACCGCAAUCCUUCUCCAACUAUGCCAACCACAUGCGCUCAAAUCUUGGCCCUUAUUCUCGCGCCACUGAGCGAGCCUCCUCUGGAAUGGACAUCAACCUUUUGGCUACAGCUGCGUCACAGGUCGAGCGUGAUGAUCACAUGGGAUAUCACUCGCGUAGCCACCAAAUGUUCAGCUCCCGCCACCAUGGCACUGGCCGUGGUCUCCCCUCUCUUUCAGCCUAUGCAAUUUCGCAGAACAUGACUCGUUCGCAUUCCAAUGAUGAGGAUGAUGGCUAUGGCCACCGUGUCAAGCGCUCCCGUCCCAAUUCCCCCAACUCCACUGCUCCUUCUUCUCCUACUUUCUCUCACGAUUCUUUGUCUCCUACCCCCGAUCACACUCCCUUGGCUACCCCUGCACACUCGCCCCGCCUGCGCCCCCUCGGUGCCAGCGAGUUGCAUCUGCCCUCCAUCCGCCACUUGUCUCUCCAGCACACCCCUGCGUUGGCACCAAUGGAGCCGCAACCCGAAGGCCCCAGUUAUUACAGCCCCAACCAGGGUCACAUGGGCCCAACAAUCUCCGAUAUCAUGUCGAAACCUGAUGGCACACAGCGCAAACUACCUGUGCCUCAGAUCCCCAAGGUUGCGGUGCAGGACAUGCUCAACCCUGCCACUGGAUUCUCCUCGAUGAACUCGUCAGGCAACAACUCCGUUGCUGGGGGUGAUUUGGCAGACCGGUAUUAA